GCGGCGGGCAGAGCGCGGAGCCGGCGGCGGGCGCUGGCGGCACAGGCAGCAUGUCCUCCAUCCUGCCCUUCACUCCUCCCAUCGUCAAGCGGCUCCUGGGCUGGAAGAAAGGCGAGCAGAACGGGCAGGAGGAGAAAUGGUGCGAGAAGGCGGUGAAGAGCCUGGUGAAGAAGCUGAAGAAGACGGGGCAGCUGGACGAGCUGGAGAAGGCGAUCACCACGCAGAACAUCAACACCAAGUGCAUCACCAUCCCCAGGUCCCUGGAUGGGAGGCUGCAGGUGUCCCACAGGAAGGGGCUCCCCCACGUCAUUUACUGCCGCCUGUGGCGCUGGCCCGACCUGCACAGCCACCACGAGCUGCGCGCCAUGGAGAUGUGCGAGUUCGCCUUCAACAUGAAGAAGGACGAAGUGUGUGUCAACCCCUACCACUACCAGAGAGUGGAGACCCCAGUGCUGCCCCCGGUGCUGGUGCCUCGGCACGCAGAGAUCCCAGCAGAAUUCCCUCCCCUGGAUGAUUACAGCCACUCCAUCCCUGAGAACACUAACUUCCCUGCAGGUAUCGAGCCCCAGAGCAACUACAUUCCAGAGACCCCUCCUCCAGGCUAUUUGAGUGAGGAUGGAGAAACCAGUGACCACCAGAUGAACCCCAGCAUGGAUGCAGGUUCUCCAAACUUAUCACCAAACCCCAUGUCUCCAGCACACAACAAUCUGGAUCUGCAGCCUGUGACUUACUGCGAGCCGGCCUUCUGGUGCUCCAUAUCCUACUACGAGCUCAACCAGAGGGUGGGGGAGACUUUCCACGCCUCCCAGCCCUCCAUGACCGUGGAUGGCUUCACUGACCCCUCCAACUCGGAGCGUUUCUGCCUGGGCCUGCUGUCCAACGUCAACAGGAACGCGGCCGUGGAGCUGACCAGGCGGCACAUCGGCCGCGGUGUCCGGCUCUAUUACAUCGGCGGGGAGGUGUUCGCCGAGUGCCUCAGCGACAGCGCCAUCUUCGUGCAGUCCCCGAACUGCAACCAGCGCUACGGCUGGCACCCCGCCACGGUCUGCAAGAUCCCGCCAGGCUGUAACCUGAAGAUUUUUAACAACCAGGAGUUUGCUGCCCUGCUGGCCCAGUCGGUGAACCAGGGCUUUGAGGCCGUGUACCAGCUGACCCGAAUGUGCACCAUCCGCAUGAGCUUCGUCAAGGGCUGGGGCGCCGAGUACAGGAGGCAGACUGUGACCAGCACUCCCUGCUGGAUUGAGCUGCACCUCAACGGGCCCCUGCAGUGGCUGGACAAGGUCCUGACACAGAUGGGCUCCCCCAGCAUCCGCUGCUCCAGCGUCUCCUAAGGAACUCCUCCUGGGGCAGCACGGACUGCUACACCCUUAGCAAAGGCUUAGUAAACAACUCCCCAGUUAUUCAAGCAAUGAGAAAAAAAAAAAUCUGCUUCAGAAACAAGACAGAAGUGGGUUUUCUUUGUUUUGUUGUUGUUUUUAAAUUCCCAUUUAAGCCACUUCCACUGAAACUGUCGGCACUUUGGUCGGGAUGCUCUGCAGUUGGGAUUUGGAGCAGGAGCUGGUGAGGAUGAAGAGCUGGACUUGUUUCAGUGGAGAGCAGGCAGUGCCAGCCUGGCUCUGGGCUGUGUGAGCACUCAGGAGCCAUCCCAGCUCCAAGGAAACUUCCCCUUCCCUCACACAACUCCAGGCUCCUGCAGCGUCCCAGGAACACCAGAGCCUGUGGGACCCCAGGAUGGGAUCACCAAACCCUGUAUAACUCCAGGAUGGGAUCACCAGAGUCUGUGGGACCCCAGGAUGGGAUCACCAGAGCUUGUAUAACUCCAGGAUGGGAACACCAAACCCUGCAGGAUCCAGGAUGGGAACACCAAACCCUGCAGGACUCCAGGAUGGGAACACCAAACCCUGCAGGACUCCAGGAUGGGAACACCAAACCCUGCAGGACUCCAGGAUGGCUCCUGCUCGUGCAUUCCUUCCCCACCCAGCUGAUCCACACUGCACUGCAGCAGCAGAGGGAAGGAAGCUUUUCAAACACCCCAAAGAAGGAAUUUCCCCAGGAGUGUCCCCAAAAAGAAGGAAUUUCCCACACUGGACUCCCAGCAAGGAGGCAGAGCCUUGCCUGGUGCCUGAGGGAUGAUGGAUCCUCCUGGAUCAGCGUGGAUUCAGGAGCAGGAGCCCAGUUUGAGGCUGUUCCUGGUGUUGCUGCAGCGAUUUUUGACUGGAGCUGCUCCCAGAGGGAUGAUUGUCCCUGCCUGGAGCAGCUCAGGCUCUGCUCUCUGCAGUCUCUGCAUUA